AUGCGAGAGCGAGGUCUCGUUGGUGGAGCAGUUGUCGCGGCGACGAAGAAGAAGAAGAAGAAAAAGAGACACCUGGAACCGGGUCGAUACAAACGGAGCCCGUGUUGGCUGUGGACAAGCGUGAGAGCAGGUGUUUUACAAAGGGGGACCGAUAAUAGAAGUUUGGAUGUAGAUCAGAAGGAGGAGGAGGAGGAGGAGGAGGAGGAAGAAGAAGAAGAAGAAGAAGAAGAAGAAGAAGAAGAAGAAGAAGAAGAGGAAGAGGCGGAAGAGAGGUCGAGGAAUUUCAUCGAUCACGGAUCACGAGAAAAGGGAAGAGGAGGAAACGAGGGGAGGAAGGAGAAAAUCGAUUGGAAUCCAGAGGAUCCACGAUCGGCCUACAACCAGCUGGACUGGACGGCCUCGCGAGUUUUUGUUGUAAGGCCGGGGGUUGUGAGGGUCACCACGGGGGCGGGGGUGGGUUUGCCCCUGCUUCUUCUGGUCGUCGCUGUUCUUGGCAAUCAAACGUGCACGACGACGGCUGCGCCGGUGGUAUCCGAUCCGCCGUACGUGUCCCUCGACGCUACGCCUCCUCGUCUUCUGCCUCGAUCAACGGACCGUUUGUCGUCGUCGUCGUCGUCAUCGUCAUCGUCAUCGUCACUGUCAUCGUCGUUACCGUUCCCGUCCUCCUUUCAAAGAGCCAUUUACAGGAGUCGAUCUUCCAACGGCAGUCCCACGAAGGGACGAGAACUGGAUUAUCACGAAGUGUCGUUGCCAUCGAGACGAGCUGAACGAGAGGAUCUGAACAACGGUCCGAACGACUGGAGUCGGUUGCUCUCCGCAACCCGGGAACAAACGACAAUCGAUACCAUCGAAGGAAACAAGGAUCCUUCUUCCCCUGUAGCGGCAGGCGGAAGGAGAGGUGAAGAAGGAGGCGGCAGAGGAGGAAGAGGAGGAGGUCUGGCUCACGAGAGGACCAAGUCGAGACGGCGGCAGGUCGCCGCUGCAAGCCUGCUCGAUGAUCGAGGAUCAACCUCUUUAGGCCUCGUCGAACCGUACUGGCUGCAUACGAGAUUCUCUCGUCCCCGUUCGUACACCGAAUCUUCUUCGACCCUCGUCGACGGAGUCGAACCAGAAGCUCGUCGGGGUGGUAUUGCCGCGUUCACCGCGACCGGAACAACUGCUAGCGACUCGACGUCGUCGUCGUUGGGUCUCGAGGACAUUGUCGGAAGAACAACAAAGACGGCGACUACGGUACCUUGGACAUACACACCGUUUCGUUCGGUUCAUCGAACUGUGCCUAGGUUAGCGGACGACGGCAGUGUGAAUUCGGGUAAAGUCACCGCGGUUAGACGCAAUAAUAGGAAAGCUAAAGACGAGGAGAGUAGACGGGAGGUAGAUAUCUCGCCUGGAAGAGACGAGAGGGGCAGGUUCGCGUUCGCGGGGAACGCGAGUAAUAGUGGUGAGAUCAAAAGUGGUGGUGGUGGUGGUGGUGGUAGUGGUGUCGUCGAGUGGACCACAACAGUCGCCAGGCCGAUGUCAGCGUGGUCGUAUCCGGAUGAUGAGGAGCCGGGAGUUGUAAACGUAAGGAAACGCCCGAGCCCGGGGGAGGCGGCCAGCGAGGACGAGGAGACCGACACCGGCGAAGAACAGGUCAAGGUUACGGUAACGCAGGCCAAAGGUUCAUCGUCUACGUCGACCACGGCAAGGACCACGAGCACGACGUUGCCGACGACCACGCAGUUACCACCGCCGAGUCAAGAUACCUCUAUGGAAGCACGUGAGUACCGCAAAAUCUACUCUUCUUCUUUUUCUCUUCUUUUCUUUGCUUCCCUGCACCAGCGAUUCCCUCUUCGUUCCGACCACCAGAGGCAGUUCCGACUUGUGGUCGGUUCGUCUCUUUUUGUCGGAGGCUACACGCGAGUCACUCGCGUUGCUCCUUUUCCCGUGUUUCUCUUCAUGGACAUGUUUACAGGAACCGAAGCUCGGCGCAGGACCCUUGGUCAG